GAGCAAUUUGGGCUCAUCAGUUGGCUGGUCACAGAAUCCGCAGAUCUUUUGAACCAUGGAGAAUGUUUCUGCAAAGGCUGUCUCGGACGCUAUUUUGGCACGCUAUGCCUGCAAGAGCUUUAAGGAUGAGGAGGUCAGCGAAGUUACAAUUCACAAGUUGCUUCACCUGAGCAGUCGUGCGCCAAGCGCUUUGAACACUCAACCCUACAAAUGCGUAGUCGUCAGAGGUUCUGCGGGCAAAGAGAGGUUAGCGAAGGCCAUGGAUGGUCCCAAUCCUGCCCAUGUGAGAGAGUCAUCCUUCUCACUGGUGUGGGCAGCAGACCCGAAUCCCCAGCUCCCUCCCGAUGCGCCUGACUUUGCAGCCUCGUUGUUGAAAGAAGUGUCGUUGAAACAGCAAUCGACGCAUGAAGCUUGGGGGGUGAAGCAAACCAUGAUUGCUGUUGGGUUCUUCCUCGUUGCAGCCGCUGCACAUGGGCUCCAAACAAAUCCAAUGGAAGGUUUCAAGUCUCAAGCAGCCGUUCGUGAAGCAGUUGGGCUACCAGAUAAGUAUGACGUGCCUGUGGUGGUUGCAGUUGGCUUUGCCAAGGAUCCCAGACCAGCAGCCUCAAGCCGCCGACCGCUGAACGAGACCUUCUUCUGCGAUCGGUUUGGCCAGUCGUUCAAAGCCAGCUUGUGAGAACCCGGCAAGCAACAGGCAUGGCACUUGGAUGAUUCCCUGCUCCUGGUUUCCCUGGUGCAUUGAUUCGCUGAGUGCUUUGCAGUGCAUUGGUCAAUUUUUGGUUUUGGUUUGUACAGGAUCCCCUGAGCCGAAAUCCAUCCUCGCAUUCUUUUCCCAGAUUUCUGUGAAAGAUGAAGCUGGCUCUUGUUUGGCUGGCUGGAUCUUGGCUGGGAAUCAAUUCGUCCACGCAAAGCUUGGGCGGACUAUGAUGCAUUGUGUGUGAAGGGUUGCGGAAGCUCUGUCUAUGUAUGGGCUAGCAAUGGCUUGAGCGCAUAGACUAUAGACUUCCACGACAAAACUUUCGCACCCUGCACAUAAAAGAGCAUCAUGUUUUGUGGUUCGUCUCUUCAGCUGCCUUUCCUGCGCAGCCACUGCAUGAGACGCCGCAUCAGAGACAGAGCUGAAAAGGAG